AUGGCUUCAUCAUCAAUCAUUUCAACUCCCCCACUCUCAAAUGACCUACCCAGACUCCCACUGGAGAUCUGGAUUCAGAUUUUCGAGGAUCUUGUUGUACCACAGAAUAUGCGGUCCUUAAUUUCUGCUUCGCCUAUCGCCUAUGGCUACUUUCAAGGUGGCAAAAGCUAUAUCCUACGGCCCUUCGUCACCAGGCUUAACAACCACCCCAUCUUCGACGCUGACAUUAUUGCUCUUCUAUUGUCCGCAGCCAGGGUUAUAAAAGUGUUGUACAAAACGCCUGGCCUUACCUUGUCAGAGAUCGGAGAUAAAGUUUCGGCAUUUCUCAAUCCUCUUUUUAGACCGGACACUCCAAAUCCUUUUCGAGAAUGGGAUCAGAAUUUAUCAGCUAUCAUCGAGGUCGCCAAAGGUUAUCAAGAGAUCAACUGCGCGGUGGCACUUUACAAAACUAUGAGAGCUCAUCCAACAGUGCCCCCAGUAUCGAACUCUGAACUCAAGAAGUUCUCUCUCACCUUCAUGCGUCACACGAUCUUGCUUGACUUAUCUACUUACCAUAACGGCACCUUGUUCAACCCAAACACAUCCAUACUGGACCCAAUGGCGUGGCAAGCAGCCAACCCUAAUCUCAAAGACCCUGUUCCAAAGCUAUGGCAACGAUCUUCAGAUAAUCCAGGGGGUUGGGCUGUCAGUGGCCGGGGGUUGGUGCAUGUCGCAGUAGAUAUUGCCGUUGAGCUCCAUCGGCCAUAUGAUCGGCCUUACUGA